AUGGCGUCAAAAUAUACUCUUGUGCUCCUAUUGACAAUAUUUAUACAAGAAAUGUUCGCGCAGUUAUAUGAGGACGUACUAAAACGGUACGACGAAUAUUGUGUUCGGAAAGAGCAUAACUGUCAUCCUGACGAGUUCGGGAUGUGUAAAUACGGCAAAACUGAAUAUGGCGAAAAUUGUAAAAAUAAAAACGCUAAAAAUAUACAGUUUACACAAGAUCAAGUUACAAAACUACUGGAUGCGAUAAACAAUUUCAGAGCUCGGCUAACCAACGGAACCUUAAAAUUCUCCACUGGGAAAUUUUAUCCAAAGGGAUAUGGAAUAUUUCGAGUGCAGUGGGACAGCGAGUCUGCGGGCUUGGCACAGUACGUUAGCUCUCGGUGUCAUGUCCCGGCUAAAUUAAUGUGUAUCCAGUUGAGUAAGUACCCAUGUGUACCUCUAUUAAUGUCCUUAGAUAUAGUAGCACUCCACCAGGAGGUGUAUACCCAGGGCAUACCUAUUCAAAAAAGUUAAUAAUAAAACCUUUUUGCUUUCUAGUUUUUUUAUUAUGGGGGCUGUCAGUCACAUUGGAUGCGGAUGGACAACGUUUUUGCAUGAGCAUGAGAAAAAGGACUCUGUAGUAUGCAGAUAUAUAAAUAUAAUAGCGCCCUACAUGUACGUAUCUCCUAUUUACAACAAAACAGCGCCGAUAGCUGGACGUCAUUUCUCCAGGAAAUGUGGAUGUCCACUGUUCACCCUGGAGACGGAGAACUGCCUCUGUGAACAUGUCCCGCCGCAGUCCGGUUAGU